AGCCUCGGGCGGCCUUCCGAGGGGUUCCGCUAGUUUCCUCGCGGUGGGCUCUGUUCCAGCCGGAUGUAGUGGCCUGGCCUGGCUGGAGGGGCGGCCCAGCGGGGGUCGUGCCUCCUGGAGCCGCCCCCAGGACGUGAGUCCUGGAGGAGGCGACGGUGACUCCAGUUGUUGAGAAGACUAUGAACAAGUCAGAGAGCUUGUUCUUUACUGGUUCCUCAUUAGCAUCCCAAGUUCAUGCUGCUGCUAUUAAUGGAGAUAAGGGUGCUCUUCACAAGCUCAUCGUAGGAAACUCUGCUCUUAAAGACAAAGAAGAUCAGUUUGGGAGAACACCACUUAUGUAUUGCGUGUUGGCUGACAGACUAGACUGUGCAGACACUCUCCUGAAGGCCGGAGCAGAUGUUAAUAAGAGUGACCAUAGCCAGAGAACGGCCCUCCAUCUUGCAGCUCAAAAGGGAAAUUAUCGUUUCAUGAAACUCUUACUUACUCGCAGAGCAAACUGGAUGCAGAAGGAUCUGGAAGAAAUGACUCCUUUACACUUGACCACCCGGCACAAGAGCCCUAAGUGUUUGGCGCUUCUGCUGAAGUUUAUGGCACCGGGAGAAGUAGAUACACAAGAUAAAAACAAGCAAACAGCUCUGCAUUGGAGUGCCUACUAUAAUAACCCUGAGCAUGUGAAGCUGCUCAUCAAACAUGAUUCCAACAUUGGAAUUCCUGAUGUCGAAGGCAAGAUCCCACUUCACUGGGCGGCCAAUCACAAAGAUCCAAGUGCUGUUCAUACAGUGCGAUGCAUUCUGGAUGCUGCUCCAACAGAGUCUUUACUGAACUGGCAAGACUAUGAGGGUCGAACACCUCUUCACUUUGCAGUUGCUGAUGGGAAUGUGACAGUGGUUGAUGUCUUGACUUCAUAUGAAAGCUGCAAUAUAACAUCUUAUGAUAACUUAUUUCGAACCCCACUUCAUUGGGCAGCUUUACUAGGCCAUGCACAGAUUGUCCAUCUCCUUUUAGAAAGAAAUAAGUCUGGAACCAUCCCAUCUGACAGCCAAGGAGCAACGCCCUUGCACUAUGCAGCUCAGAGUAACUUUGCUGAAACUGUUAAAGUGUUUUUAAAACAUCCUUCAGUAAAAGAUGAUUCAGAUCUUGAAGGAAGAACAUCCUUUAUGUGGGCUGCUGGGAAAGGCAGUGAUGACGUCCUUAGGACUAUGCUGACUUUAAAAUCUGACAUUGACAUUAACAUGGCAGACAAAUACGGAGGGACAGCUUUACAUGCUGCUGCCCUUUCCGGCCAUGUCAGCACCGUGAAGUUAUUAUUGGAAAAUAACGCUCAAGUCGAUGCUACUGAUGUCAUGAAACAUACUCCACUUUUCCGAGCCUGUGAGAUGGGACACAAAGAUGUGAUUCAGACCCUCAUUAAAGGUGGGGCAAGAGUAGAUCUAGUUGACCAAGAUGGGCAUUCUCUUCUGCAUUGGGCAGCGCUUGGAGGAAAUGCUGAUGUUUGCCAGAUAUUGAUAGAAAAUAAGAUCAACCCGAAUGUGCAGGAUUACGCGGGAAGAACCCCGUUGCAGUGUGCUGCCUAUGGGGGGUAUAUCAACUGCAUGGCGGUGCUCAUGGAAAACAAUGCAGACCCUAACAUUCAAGACAAAGAGGGAAGGACAGCUUUGCACUGGUCCUGUAACAAUGGAUACCUUGAUGCCAUUAAAUUACUACUAGACUUUGCUGCUUUCCCUAAUCAAAUGGAAAACAAUGAAGAGCGGUACACCCCGCUUGAUUACGCUUUGCUUGGUGAGCGCCAUGAAGUGAUCCAGUUCAUGUUGGAACACGGCGCCCUGUCCAUCGCAGCCAUACAGGACAUCGCUGCCUUCAAAAUCCAAGCUGUCUACAAAGGGUACAAGGUCAGAAAAGCUUUCCGGGACCGGAAAAAUCUCCUCAUGAAGCAUGAACAGCUGAGAAAGGAUGCUGCUGCCAAGAAGAGAGAAGAAGAAAACAAGCGGAGAGAGGCGGAGCAGCAGAAGGGAAGGCUGAGCCCAGAUGCCUGCAGACCCCAAGCCCCUCCUUGUCUGCUCAGUGCCCAGGCUGAGCCCCGCGGGCAAAGCUGGGCCCCCAGCAAGCAGCCUCCCUGCAGUGACACAGCCCAGGGCCCUGAGCGGAAAGCCUGCGGACGGUCUUCAGGCAGAGGGUCUCCAAGCAGAGCCCCCCAGAAGGAACAGCAUCCUUCCCUAGACCUGCAGAAAACAGACCCCAGAAAGCCGAAUGAAAUAUCCAGAGAACAUUCUAAAGGCCGACCUGCCUGUGUCCACUUCAGCCCCAGUCAAGGCAAUGACGGAAGCCGGCGUCCUGGAGUCUCCUCUGUCGAGAAGUCCAGAGGUGAGACGGUUGGCGAGCAGCAGUGCGACAAGGGGAAAGGCUCCUUGAAGCAAACCUCCUGUGUCAGGGUGGCUGGGCCUGAGGAGGAAGGAGAGGACCCCAGCCGGGCAGCAGCUGGCCUCCCGCGGCAGGACGGCCCCUGGAAGCUCAGCCGGCCGCCGGACGCAGCGCCCAAGGCCAGAUGCGCCUCCCAGAAAAGGCGCCUCCAGGAGCUCAGAGGAGGAAGGCGCUCCCCGGCUGGGUCCAGCCGCCCCGGCAGUGCCAAGGGGGAGGCGGUCCAUGCUGGGCAGAGUCCUCUCCACCCCCGGACACCAAGAAACACAGUGACGCAGGACAAGCUGGCAGGAGGGACCUACUCAGAUUUGCCACAGAGGACAGAGGUGUUGAGGUCAGGAGUCAGGAAGUCGAGGACAUCUGUCCCGUCUGAGGACGCUCAGCCAUCUACGGAGACUGAUCUGGCGCCUGGCGCCCUCUCUGGGCAGAGUGUGAGUAUCGACCUUCUCCCCGUAGAGCUGCGCCUGCAGAUAAUCCAGAGAGAAAGAAGCAGGAAAGAGCUGUUUCGCAAAAAGAACAAGGCGGCGGCGGUCAUCCAGCGGGCCUGGAGAAGCUAUCAGCUCAGGAAGCACCUGUCCCACCUUCUGCACAUGAAACAGCUUGGAGUCAGAGAUAUGGACAGAUGGGACCGAGAAUGCAUGACUUUGAUCCUCCAGGUUUGGAGGAAGGAACUGGAACUGAAACCUCCAAAGACCUCGGCAGUAAGCAGGACCACCAAGAGUCCAUCCAAGGGCAGCUCGGGCACAAAGCCCACCAGGCACUCAGUGCUCAAGCAAAUCUACGGUUCUCAAGAAGGGAAGGUACGCCAACCCACAAGAUCUUCAAAAGCCCAUUCUGUGCUGCAUCUCAAUUCAGUGAGCAACUUGCAGUGUAUACAACUCCUUGAGAACAGUGGAAGAUCAAGGAAUUUUUCUUAUAACCUGCAAUCAGCUAAUCCAUCAAAAACCAAAACAAAGCUUCGACUGCCUCUGGAGGAAGACUGUACCCGGAGGAGCACAAAAUAGCUAGUGCAGAUUUCAAGUUCUUGCUGAUUAUCUUUCACACAUUGGGAGAACUUUAAUAUCCACACCCGAAGCUUUAUCAGCCUGAAAAUGUGGUAACAACAGGAAAUGCCAGUGUUUCCUUCCUGCUCUCACACAGCACUGUUAAGUAAAUGCCUAGCCUGCACUGAAAGGACCAAGGUAGACUACGCCCAUGCAAAACUGCUUAGCUGGCUGCCUCCAUGCUGGUCAGUACGGCUGGAGAGGGAAUUCCUAAUCAAUAGUACAGUCUAAGUCAAACUCAGAAUAUGAGCACUAAAGGGGCUGCUGGGGUGGGAUUUCUGCCCGCCAGCUGCUGCAAGCUUGGUUUGUUGGCUCCAGUGAAGAACUAAUGAGAUGGGGAGGAGGCUGUCCUACAGCAGCUGCCUGCAUUUCACUACUUUUCUGGGACCUAAUGCAAGGAACUUCAUUGCAGAUACCACAUCCUGUUAUUACAACAGUAUCAGUUUUAAUUUUUAGACCAGAAUCAUGACCCAGUGUCUUUUAGAAAUUUUGUAAGACUGUUAACAGGUACACUCUGUUGACUGCUUACAUUUACAGUCCCUGUGUCAGCCUCUGAAGGCCACAGGAUGCUGCCACGUCCUCUGUGCAUGGCGUUCCUACUGCCGAGCACCAGCAGCAGUAUCAGCACCGUGGAAUCCAUCCGGCAGGUUCACAGAGCAGAUCGUUCAUCCAAAGGUGCCAGUUCGGGCCUUAACAUUGCACUUGUAUUUUCUGCCUGACCUGCAGAGGUGAGCAACCUUGUCAAAAUGCCAUUCCUUUGGCAGGGGAAACUACUAAAUAUGCAUUCUAGGUCUCUAAGAACACCUGGUUUAAAUAAAAUGCAGUGAUUGUGGGCUUUUUCACAUAUUUUAAGGGCAAAGCUACUAGGAAUAUAGACAGUAGGAAGAAACAGUGACAUAUUAGGCUCACAAAUGUUUCUAGGACUGCUUCCAUUUUAAGAUUUUAAGCCACCCCUGUCCUGACAGUAAGAGGUAGGAAGCAGUAGUGUUAAUUACCUGGAUUUUUUUUUUUUUUUA